AUGGCGACAAGGAAAAUAAUGGUGUUGUGCACAGCAGCAGCGACGACGCUUGUCGCAGCACCGGCAGCGGCAACGGCAGCUGCAGGCGAGCUUCGUCGGCACCCGACCGAGAUAGUGCACCUCCCGGGGCACACGGUGACAGAGAAGUACACGUCUCCCCUUCCCCACACGUACGUGCCGGCCGACGGCCUCCCCUCUUCCUUCUCGUGGACCGACGUCGGGGGUAGAUCGUUCGUCACGAAGAACCUCAACCAGCACAUACCCCAGUACUGCGGCUCUUGCUGGGCCCACGGAGCCCUCAGCAGCCUCGCGGACCGCAUCAAGAUCAUGCGUGGGGGGCACGGCAUGGACAUCAACCUCUCGAUCCAGGUUAUCCUCAACUGCGCCACCGAAGUCGCGGGGUCCUGCCACGGCGGCACCCACACGGGCACCUACGAGUACGCCUCCAACAACCCGGUUCCCUUCGACACGUGCCAGAACUACCAGGCGGAGGACAACACCUGCGACGCCAUCGGCAAGUGCAAGACCUGCUGGAGCUUUAACGAAGAGUGCGAGGCUGUGCAGAGCUACCCCAACGCCACCGUCUCCGAGUACGGCACCGUCGUGGGAGAGGAAAACAUCAUGGCCGAGGUCUUCGCGAGGGGCCCAGUGGCCUGCGACAUCGCCGCCUCCCGCCUGCACGAGUACACGGGCGGCAUCGUGGACAUCCCCGAGCUUCCGGCGGAAACUGACCACGUCGUCGCCAUCGCCGGCUGGGGGGAGACGGAGGAGGGGUUGAAGUUCUGGAUCGUCCGCAAUUCGUGGGGGGAGUACUGGGGAGAAGGCGGCUGGUUCCGCAUCAAGCGGGGAGACAACCAGCUCCUCCUGGAGUCCAACUGCGGCUGGGCCGUGCCCGGGUCUUGGACCGAGCUCCACCCCCGUCCCCACCCGCCCGGUCCGCCGGGCCCCCACCCUCACCGCAACGGCCCGCAGCAGCAGCAGCAGCAGCAGGAGAGGUUGAGAUCGCACGGGGAGGAGGGGGCUCCGAUGAACUUGGGCGCGGGAACCUUGCAACGCUUGGGGAGGGCUAGGCGCGGUGCCGAUGAAGCGGAGGUUUAAGGGGAGAGACCUGCCGUUCUAGGACAUCGGUCCCGCCCACCCAAGAACAGGUGCCCAGCCAAGAGGCAUACAAAAAAAAACUACAUAGUCGCUGUUGGGGUAGUAGUGGGCCCUAUUUAGUGCCGGUGUGUGUCCACAGAUUUUACCGACACUAUGCUACGGGGCCACCGGCUCUAUUCAGAACAGGGGUAUUUUUUUGUUUUGUGGAGGGGUGCGGCGGCGGCGACGGCGGGUGUUGUAGUGGGUUUGGUUGGCGGUGUGUGUUGAUUUCCGCGGCGGUGAUAGUGGAACGUGGUGGUGGUGGUGGCGGUGGCGAUGAUACCAUGAGGGCAGCUACAUACGUUGGAUCGAUCGAUUUUGGGGCGUGGUGAAUGAAGAAGGGUGAUUUUUCAGCUUCAUAAAUCAUGCAGCUCGCCCUCUCGCUUAGAACAAAAACUGUAAGCGAACAAUCUACUCAGCAAAGCUCGGAAGGCCGGGCGCGAAGUCUGGCGCUUUCUUGAAACAAACCUUAUAUUCUGUUUUUGGAGAAUUGGAGAGCGUGCGAUACCGGAAAGCUGUGGAUGAUGAUGCCAAUCGUUUGUGUGCUGUUGUGACUUUGGCUUUUUUCGUAAAGCAAGCUUGUCUGCCGCAGCCAGCGAGCUGCUUGGCCAAAGCGCCAGCCUUUUAAAGGGGAACCCGUUUGUUUUGUUCCGGAGCUAUGUAGAACCUAUUAUUGGAUGGAGGCGGUGGUCGUUCGGUUGUAUUAUCUGUUGUUCUGUUUUAUGUUGUGAUGGAAUAAGUUGUGUAAAUGCAAUGGAUGCCACCCUGCCCCCCGUUUUUGCGCGUGUGAAAGGGGGGUGGGAGAAAUGCGGGGGUAGGGAGAGCGACGUUUCGCGAGUGUGCAGUUAGAGUGUUUUCACUUGCGAAUGACUGUCCUGUCACCGGACUGCGUUGUAGUAUGUAGCCGCCGCGGGGGAGGCACGUGUUGCUUGUCGCAUGCACGAGCAUCCAAUGUAAUUUCAUCGUGUUCGCGUAAGUAAGGGUGUGUCAGGGACCCACUCGUAUGUAGACCUCGCCAAAGUUGGACAGAUGUCAUCGAAUACGCCGCAUCCAUCGAAGGGGGGACAGGAGAGAUGGAUAAGAAUGUAAUCAUCCUGCCGUCCGUUUGUUUUUUGUCUCCAACGUUGCCUGCUAUGUGGCUGUGUGCUGUAGUUCCGUACGAAGUGCAAAGUAGCUGUGUGUACUGUCAUUUCGUGCAAAGUGCGGCAUCGUCCGCAACACUCACGCAAUAAGCCAAAAAUGUACGAG